CUUGUUUUUUUUAGUUUCGAAAAAAAAAUGCGCAGCGGUGCAGCAAUUGCAAUGCGUGCAAUCAAUCCCGUUAACAAUCAAGUGCUGAGCGCGCAGAGCAGCCAAUAGGAAUCAGAUCGGAAUUGCAAUUGGAAUCAGGAUCGGGAGUCGCGAAUCUAAUCGGAGGAAGCUGUUGCCUCUCACCUGAGUCUCUGGCCCCCGAAAAUGGAGUCGUCCAUUAAGCUUAAGGACAGCAACUCGAACUGCAGCUCCAACUCAAAUGGCAAUGUGGGCGGUGGCGGUGGUGCAGGGGUGGCGGGAAACGGAGGAGGAGGAGGAGGCGUUUGCGUGUCCAGCAUCUGCAGCAGCGACAGCUUCAGCAUCAUGCCGCCGCCGCAUCACGAACUGGUCAGCGCCAACAGCAUCGAGCUGAAUGCGGCGGCCUCGUUGAGCGACGACAGCGGUGUUCCGCUGACCACCAACAGCUCCAUUUCCAGUGGCGACUCCUACCGCCUGGGCAUGUGCAAGUUCGAGAUUGAGAUGGUCGAGAGCGACGGCGAGGUUUCGCAGUUCGAUUCGCUGGACAAUUGCUCCGAGGGCGGUAUGAGUGCCGAGAACUUCAAUACGCUGAAGAAGGGACCCCUGGCGCCCAUUGAUCCGCCACCCGAAUUCCAGGACUCACCUCAAACGACUCUAGUGCGCUCCAUCUCGAAGAACAUUGUGAACAGCCUGCGUCGCUGGACCUCCUCGCAAUCGUCGUUCGAGCAUCUCAAGGACGAUGCCGCCACCAUGGUGACAACAUCGGUUGUCCUGCCUGCCGAGGAGCAGCAUCCCCAUCCCAGCCAGCAGGAGUUGGUCCUGCAGCUGGAUGCCUUGGAUGGCCAGGCUCUUGGACAGAUGAGCUUGAAAGAGUCCUAUGCGAUCAACAAGCAUUUGUACUCGAGCGACUCCAUACUGAACAGCCAUACGGACAACAUUUACGACGAGCCCAACAAUAUAGUAAGCAGUUCGCUGGGCAACAGCGUCGAUCUGCUGGAGGAAGAGCAGUCGGAGGCCAGCAGCUGUUCGCCUUUGCCCUCGCCACCGCCGCCCGUUUCCCUGGUGAAGAUCAAGCAGACGCUGUGUCCGUACUACCAGGAUCACACGCGCUACUUCAAGGCCAUACCCACGGAGCAGGACAACAUAGCGAGUGCCAAGGCGGCGGCGGCCCAGCAGAGAUUCAAUAGCGCCGGGCUCUCGGAGAUUCACGACUAUGAUUUGUACUAUGGAGCCAGGCGACAGCCGGCGGACAACAGCAGUCUGCAGCGACGACAGGCUUCGCUGUACAGUCCACUGGGUCACACCAGCCAUUGUCACUAUCAUGGGAAUAAUGGCUCUCAUCCGCAUCAUCAUCAUCAUCACCACCAUCAUCACCACCAGCCGGGCUAUGGUUAUAGCCACGGGCAGCGUCCCAACUCGCGCAACUCGCUGAACAGCCGACUGAGCAGCUCGCACAACUCACUGAAUGUCUCGUCGGCCAACAAACCGGAUGACUCCAUUUUCAUCACCCAGGCCAUGUCGCAUGAUGCGCUCUUCACGCGCGAGAUCUCUGACUUUUACAACGUGCCCAUCGACUCGGAUAUCUACGCCUUUCCCGUGGACAUGAUCGAGCAGCAGCAGCAGCAGGAGCAGCAGAAGCCCACGUAUCACAAGGCGAGCAGGCGGAACAAGAGGAACAAGCGCAAGCAGCGCUACGGAGGAUCAGAGACCAGCGAUGGUGAUGGUGAGAAGAGCAAGCAUGGCAAGUAUAGAACCCCAGUGGGCAUUAGCCAGGUGGUCAGCGAAUCGGAGCCACUGCACAUGACCCUCGACGAGGUAAAGCAGUUCUACCACACCCUCUACUCGGAUGCGGGCGACAGAAGCGGCGGAGGAGGAAAGCCCACGGUUAAGCCGAUGGUCAAGUCGAGCAACGAGACCAUUUGGAGUGUGUCCACGAAUACCACCACCACAACGGCGAGAACGCGGAGCAGUGUGGGCACCACAAGGGGAGCAGGAGGUAAUCCACCUGGAGGAACUGGAGGAGCCAGCAGUGAUGGAGGCAAUCCUGGUGGCAACAAGUACUUGAGCAAGCAGACCAAGCACAAUCUGGACAACGACAAGCUCAACAACAACAAUAACAACAACAACCAGCAGCUGGAGAAGCCGCCAACGGAGCAGCACAACAGCAAUGCAAAUCACAACCAGCAGCUGCAACAACCGCCGAACAACAAGCACGUCCUGCACUCGGAGAAAAAGUCACAGUUCACGCUGAACCUAAAGCAGCGCUUCUGCAGCAUCUUUCGCUUCCGGCGGAGCAAUCACAGUCGCUGCCGAGGAUCCACAGCUGGCAGUCUGGUGAAUAAUGCGAAUGCAGGAGCGGCCACGGUGCCGCUGAUACCGCCCACGGCAGCCCACGUGAUAACCAGCGCUCCGGGGGCAGCGGGCCAAACACAGCUGGCCACCGAAGUGGCGCUCAUUACGGCGGAGGCGGACGAACCGAAUGCCGAUCUGCGCAAGAAGUUCCAGUCACGUGCCCUGCCACCACUACCAAAGAAGGCUGCUGCCUAUGCCAUUGAAGCCGUUAAAUCGGAACCCGAGGAGCUGAAGGCGAACGUGAUCCAGGAGCCGCGGGCACUGCAGUUCACCUCCAGCAUUGAGAAAGUCAAAGACUACGGCUGGUACUGGGGUCCCCUGUCCAGCGAGGCGGCCGAGAAGGUGCUCUCCAGCGAACCGGACGGCUCCUUUAUAGUGCGCGACAGCUCCGACGACCACUACAUCUUCUCUCUGAGCUUCAAGCUGAACAACUGCGUGCGCCAUGUGCGCAUCGAGCAGGAUCAGGGAACCUUCUCCUUUGGCUCGUAUGCCAAGUUCAAGUCUCAAACCAUCACCGAGUUCAUCGAGAAGGCCGUCGAGCAUUCGCGGAGCGGCAGAUAUCUAUUCUUUCUGCAUCGUCGCCCAGAGCACGGACCAAUGCGUGUGCAAUUAACCAAUCCAGUAUCUAGAUUUAAGCAUGUACAAAGCUUGCAGCACAUGUGCAGAUUUGUUAUACUAAAGGCGGUUAUACGAAAGGAUCUAAUACAGACAUUGCCAUUACCGAGAAGACUUCUAGACUAUCUUAACUAUAAGCACUGCUACUCCGAGCAGGUGGAGAGCGACAGUUCCCAUUCGCAGAUAUCUGGCGAUGGAACGAUGUAAGUGGAGGGAUAAUGAACAGAGACGAUUCGCUUGUGACAACAAAACGUAAACGAAAGCAACAGAAAUUAUUACCUUAAAUAAGUAGUAGAAUUUAACGAAACAUUAAACAGCAGUAACAAAGCAAACAAACAACCGUUAAACGUUCUGUAUAACAAGAACAGCAAACAAAAAAAAGAAGAGAUGAAAAAAAAAACACCAAACAUAAAACAAAAGUUAAAUGAGUAAGCAAAGCGAGGAAAUUGUUAGUUUUGCUAAAAAAAAAACGAAAAACGAAAAACCAAGGAAACAAAAUUCAAAACUCUGUUUAUUGAUCAUUUUUUUGUACUCGGUGCUAUACUAUAAAUAUUAACUAUUUAAUGAAAGGAACGCAGAAGCAGAAAACAGAAUAUGACGAUUAUAUAAAUUAAUUAUGCGUAGUCAAGUAAACGAAUCACAGAAUUGUACAUAAAUAUGUUUGAGAGCCAGUAAUCCAAGUAAUCCCACCCACAACCAGAAACCAGAAACCCCCUCCCCUUUGGGCACGAAUCAGAAAGAGAAAGAGAACGAGAAUGAGAGUGUGAGGUGUUGAUGUUUUGUGUAAUCAAUUAAUUACUUUUAUGCUUGCCUUUUAGCUGUGAUUUAAAUAAGUCGUCGAAUGUUAAUUGGAAGACGAUUUGCAGUUUGAUAUUUGAUAUUUAAUAUUUAAUAGAUUUGAUAUAGCCUAGCCCCCAUAUAGUUGAGGUUCUGUUAUGCACACUCGAUCUGAAAUCUGAAACUGAUAGCAUUUCGAAGCUGCUCAAUCAUCACGACGCCUGUGCCCAAAGGUCCUUUCAAGGGAAAGGGAUCGAUCAUGAAACAACCAUUAUUGUACUUAGUUUAAUCCAUGUCAUGAUACACAGACACACAGAUGAAAACCAACUACCAAUAAUUGUAUUUAGAUUUAUUUGAAUUGUUAACUAAUUUUUGUUUUCGGCUUUGUUAUUUAUGUUUUAAGCUCAACUCCUUUGUACACUAUUGCGUAUGGUUUGUUUUUAGUUUGUAUUUAUUUCUUUGUAUCCUAAAACUACCAUCCCUCAAUCCUCCAACACAAUCCAAUCCAAUUCCUAUCCAAAAUCCAAGCCAAAAUCGAGUCCGUCUUGGACUCUGCUCCUCUUUAAAAAACAUUAAACAAACAAUAUUUGUCUAUGGAAAUAAAAUAAACGAAUGAAAUGACGAUAGAAAAACCAAAAGCAAUGCAGAUAAAGAUGAUGCGAGGCGGGGGAGAGGAGAACGAACGAACGGUCACAGCAAAAGAGCAAAACAACAAAGGCAAUAUAAAGAACAUUUUUAAUAAUAAAAAUUAAACAAAGGAA